AUGGGCGCUCGUGUGAAGGUUUUGAGAGUAUUCAAAGUGCUGCACAGAACAAGUCAAGAAGUAUUUAAAGACGACUUUACUGCACUAGCAGCUGCAAGAACUAAAAUUAAUGAGGAGUUUCGCAAAAACAAAUAUGAAACUUCUGAGGAGAACGUUCAAAAGAUGAUCAAAAUGGGUUCGGAUGUGGAGGUUGUUCUGAGAGAUGCCGUUAUUCAGAUGGAACAUGUAGCUGAUGAUCGACUUCAGCUUCGACCCAGAGAAAGUCUUUUCUUGGAAAAUGUUCCUUAUUGUGACCAGCCUCGGAAAAAGUCCUGA